AUGAAGACUGUAUUCGUGAUAUUUGCUGCGUUAAUGGUUUGUUACGCCAUAACUCUUGUUGAGAGGUGAGCUUGUCACUUAGAUGGUUUGUUUGUAUUUGCUGAUACUGCAUUUAGGUCCAAUCUCCAAAUAUGAUGACCACACUUCUUUGCCGGCGCGAAAAAGUCAUUCUACGUGCAUGAUGACUUCGGGUGCACCCAACGUCAAUUUUCGGAAAAUAUCUGUUUGGAAGACGAUUUGAGAUCUAGAAUUUUCGGAACAUUUGUCUUGUAAUUACAGUCAAACCAGGUCAAAUGUCCCAUCACUAGCAAACUAAUGAAUUCAUUAAUGGAAAAAUGAUUUCGUUUGUUGAUUCAAUAAUCCAUUCAUAGAAUGAAUAAUCCAACAAUCAAAUUGGACCUCGAUUCAAUAAUUAAAUAUUGAUUUGGUUUAUUAACAAAAUCUACCUGUUCUUUAUUCUUGUCUGUUGAGUUCAAUCGUCUUUUCUUCCCUUUUCCUGCCGUUUACGACUGCGUUUGUAAUUGCCUUUAAUCAAAAUAACAGCUAGAAGAGACAGACCGCAAACACAAAGAAACUGACAAAGGCCGGGGAUCGAAAUCCACCAAUCACAGCACAUACACUGACCUUAGUUUCGCUAUCGUGUUUCCUGAGAGGUCAGGUCCGUUGCAGUGAAUACUGGAAACAAAAUAACGUACAUGUAACAGUUUGUUUGGGUUUGAAAUUCAGAACUCGCCCGAACUCGACUCUAAGAAAAAGAGGGGAAAAAAAAAGUGUAGUUUUUCUAAAAACAGUAAUCGAAUCAACAUUCGAUUAUGGAAUCGAGGCUAAAUAUGAAUAUUGGAUUGUUCAUUUUAUGAAUGGAUUAUUGAAUCAAUAAACGAAAUCAUUUUUCCGUUAAUGAAUUUAUUAGUUCGUUAGCGACGGGAACGCUUCACCUGGUUUGACUGUAAAAUUUCUUGCUUGCCUGCCUCUCCUAGGAUUUUCGAACUUCUAAAAAAUGGUAUAAUUGCCCAUUUUUAACGGAUUUUUACCCUAAAAAGGUCACCUACAAUUUUCGGGAGCGCUUUUUUUGGCUGAAAUUUUCGAAAAGGUAAGUUUUGAUCCCUAUCAUUUGUUUUCGGAUCACUAGACUUUCAGGUAGGAAAUCCGAACAGGUGAAAAAUUUUUAGGGGAUAGGAAUAUGCCUAUAUCUACCGUCUAAAUACUAAAAUACGUUUAAUAACGCUAUGUUUAAGUGCCGUUUGAACUAUAUUCUCGUUGGGUGCCCCUGUGACUUUAGCUGACCAAUGAUCGUAACGGGGAUUUAGGCCUCUGCAGUUGGGGCUUUUCUUUUUGAUGAAAAGUCACAGAGUUGAAGCUGAAAUCGCUGUAAGUUAACUGAAAUUUCCGUAAAAUUAAGUAUAAGUUUUUGAAAAUUCAGUUCUACGUGUUGGAUUUUUGCAUAGAAGUGUCCGAUCGUUAAACGUCAUCCGUCAAUUCAAUAGAACAAUUGCACGAUGACGAUAUUUGACUACAACUACCAGAAUUCAUUUCGGUUUUGCUUUGUUAUUUAAAUUUGUCAAUCCCGGUGAGGAUUAAAGAACAAUAGCCUUAAUUUGCACAAGAAAACAACAAGCUCAAGGAUUCUGGUAGUUGUAGUAAAAUGACGUCAUCGUGCAAUUGUCCUAUUGAAAGCUAGUAUUUCACGACACUCUGAAAUGUCGCCAUGCGUCUACUCACUCCUCCACGCGAACAGAUUGUCUUGUUCCCAAUUAAUCAUUCCAUUCCAAAGACUACCGAAUUUUUAAAACAUUUUGCUAAAUAGUGCAUAUGAAAUUGUCUAUUUUUAACGGAUUUUUAGCCAAAAAAGGUCACCUAGAAUUUUCUGGAGCCUUUUUUCUGGCUGGAAUUUUCGCAAAGGUAAGUUUUGAUCCCUAUCAUUUUCGGAUCACUAGACUUUCAGCUAGGAAAUCCGAACAGAUGAAAAAUUUUUAGGGGAUAAAAAUAUUCCUAUAUCUACCGUUUAAAUACUAAAAUACGUUUAAUAACGCAAUGUUUAAGUGGUUUGAACUAUAUUCUGUGACUUUCGCUGACCAAUGAUCGUAACGGGGAUUUAGGUCCCUGCAGUUGGGGCCUUUCUUUUAAUUUUUGACGAAAAGUCACAGAGUUGAAGCUAAAAUCGCUGUAAGUUAACUGAAAUUUCUUAAAAUUAAGUAUAAGUUUUUGAAAAUUCAAUUCUACGUGUUGGAUUUUUGCAUACCGUAUUUAUUCGAAUAAGCGCCCAACCUCGAAUUAGCGCCCACCUUGAAUAAGCGCCCAUCCUAAAGGCAGAAAAAGUUAAUAAGCGCCCAGCCUCGAAUAAGCGCCCACCCCCUCCUCCUCCCAAUCAAACUCAAAUAAGCGCUCACCCCCACCCCACCCACUUGAGUGAAUAAAUUUUAGUGAGAGACUUCCCCGAGGACGGAGUUUUCUUCAGAGUAUUUUACAGAAGCCUUGCUUUGUUACUUCUUCGCGUUUUGUUAUUAGCAUUUAUUGUUUUGUUGCAAAAUAAACAUACUUCACUUGCUGAAAAUGGUGAAAAUUUAAUAAGCGCCCAGCCUCGAAUAAGCGCCCACCUCGAAUAAGCGCCCACUCUCAAGGUCCAAAAAUUUAAUAAGCGCCCAGGGCGGUUAAUCGAAUAAAUACGGUAGAAGUGUCCGAUCGUUAAACGUCAUCCGUCAAUUCAAUUGAAAGCCAGUAUUUCACGACACUAAAUGUAGUCAUGCGUCUACUCACUCCUCCAGGCAAACAGAUUGUCUUGUUCCCAAUUAAUCAUUCCAUUCCAAAGACUACCGAAUUUUUAAAAACAUUUUGCUAAAUAGUGAAUAUGAAAUAGCACACAUCACUGAAAGUAAUCAGUAUCGAAGGGGUUUCAUCAGUGCACCAAAAUGCAUAUAGGCUUUUAAAGAAGAAGGGUUUUAGAAUAAAAUGAUACUUGUAAACGAUACGUUAUAUCUCCUGAUAUCUCAUGAUUUAAAAUCUAAUUUUGUUUUUUUAACAUGGCGAAAGCAAAUCAAAACAGAGGAAUCCCCGUUAUCGCUGAACUUCUCGAGGACUUUGCCCAAAGGGAAUAGCUUAUCUUAGAAGAUGAACGUUUAGUCUUUAGCCCUUCUUUGCCUUUUUUUAAAACUUUGAACCUCAAUUUGCAGUAUUUUAUCCAGCCAUUUAGGGAUAAUUGAGGCGACAAGAGCUCGGAUAGAAGCUCUCAAAGGUGCUUUUAGAGCGUGCCGUGAUAGCUGAUUACGCGAAUCAAACAAAAGUGUGCGCAAUUUCGCCUUUUUUUUUUCGGCAAAUGGUUUUUCUUCAAACCAAGUAUUUUAAACGGAAAGCAUAUAAGUAAUUUUGGUUUCUUAAAAGACAAUUUUUUUGAAUGCACUCACGCUGGGACUCGUUGAAAGUUAUGAGUGUUGUGAGCCUAGACGUCCUGUCUGAGAACAGGAAGGGGUUAACAUAGCCUCCCACGCAGGAGUUUUUAGGGGAGCUCGUGGAGAGAUAAAAAAGAGCUCUCCAACAAACGUCCGUGUGGGAGGCUAGGGUUAACAAGUCAAGAAUUCUGUUGAUGUUUCUGUCGAUAUCUGUACUCAGAUUUCCACGUAGAUGUCAUAACAGUAUCCGUUUCAGAUAAAAAAUUUCCACAACUCCUCACAAUCAAUAUCUAAGACGUUCCAUGCAUGAUGUAAUCACAGGGUCCAGAGGAGUUUCGUGUGAAUAAAUGAAUUACUUAUUUAAAGUCUCACCUUAAAAAAUGUCUAUACCUGUCGCUUAGCACGAUUAAUUAGCCCAAUGGGAUCUUUAUGAAUCUACCGUGAACGAUUUCUUGGCUUCUUAUCUGACCCAGAUCGACUUUGUCGUUCGCCAUUUUGAAAAUCAAUAACUGCAAGCCUCGCUGGCGCACGGCACGUCUCCCGAAGCCCUCAGUCUUUUGCGGUAUGUAGAAUGUGUAACGAAAAUGUAACAAAAUAACCAUUUUUUCAGCGGUUUUCGACGGGUUUUGAUGUUCUGUUCGAAAAACACAUCUCCUCUGGGGGGAACUUUUCCCCAAACAGAGAGCCUGUUCACAGUCUGUUCACAGGCUACUCUGGACCCUGACCCUGUGCGUAAUCAGCUCUUUCCCAUUCUUUGCUCGGAGCAAGAUGUGUCAACACGUGUAUCCUGUUUCAUAGCAGUCGGGUUUAAUUUUCCUUUUCAUAGCAGUUGAUUUGCUCGGUGAAAAUGACAAACUUGAAGCUCAAGAACAGUUUUGAGUCUUUUGUCUGGUGGUGUGAAGUUUUCAAAGAGCCACUUUCCCGCAAUUUCGAUGGGGGCUGCUAAAGUCGACCUUCUGCAGAGGCUGAAUGGGCGACCGACUAUGCUUCAGACUGUAUGCGUGCACGUCAACUCGAAUUUUCUCUCCAUGUAACCUUAGUGAAGAUUAUUUGGAUUUUUGUCGAAAUAUUUUGUCUUCGUAAUUGUAAUCUGCGAGAUUUUUCACUGUUAUGAGCACAAUCUUGAAUGUUUUGACGUAGAAAGAUCGAAGUCAUUCGGUUGGCAGGGUAACUUGCUACGUCAUUCGAGAGAAAAAUAUGGCGGGAAAUAAGAAUCACGGUUGAUCUUUAUCAGAUCGAAUGAAAUUUAUCUCAGUCAAAUAUGGUCUUCAAAAGAAAGGUACAUCAACAAAACAUUAAAUAGUACUAUCAACUUCUUUGUGAUUUAUUUAAAAUUUAAGUUUACCACUCACUUUACGAGAUACCAUGUAUUAAGCUUAUAGUUCAUCAAUGCUGCACGGAAUUUUAGGAACACUUUUUUUUUUCAGUAAUAAUGUUGUUUUUCCGGCCCAGGCUGAACAUUCUUAUUUUUCUGCCGAUUUUAGGCAGAAAGUAUUCGUGUAUUAUUCUUAGAUUAUGGCUAAUGACGUUUCCGUUUUAGACUAUUAUAAUUAGUGCAGGUUUUUUCGUUUUGUUGCCUAGCCAGUUCCCCUUUAGAGAAUGGAAUAAGUUGAAAACAUAUAAUUGUAUAGUAUUUACAGCUUUUGAACACACAAAAAUAUAUCCUUUUCAAUAUCUCAGCUUGGGGUUUAUUCUUAAAAUAUUCUUAAAAUUUUGCAAAUUUCAGCCUAUAUAUAUUCUUAUAGAAAAAAAGAGUUGUAAAUUAACGCGACUUAAAUUAACGUGAAUUUGGUGAAAAACAACUUUCACAUAAAAGAAAUUAAUGCAGAAGAGAGGGUAACAUUUCAAAAUGAAGGAAAUUAACGUGACACUAACAAAGAAACAAAACUUGUGGAGAGACAACAGAAACAAAGUUAAACAUGUAAUCUGAAAUGGAAACUUUGUUCAUUUUCCUAAACAAUUCAAGUAAAGAAAUCUGGUCACAUUGGAGGGUUCUUUGCAGUUUCACUGUUGUCGGCAGAUCUCCCCUCUGAUGAAACACUCCUCUUUCAAAGGUGUCAAGAAUGUCAGUGUAUCCAAAAUAAUGGAAAUUAAAUGCGAGGUUAAGUUAAUGCCCCACUUAAUUAAUGGUAUGGAAAUUAACAUUUCAACAAAUUAACCCGACUUAAAAGUAAAUUUUUAAGUUUCCUGUAAUAAGGUAAAGCUGGCAAGUAGCAAAUGAAAACUCUUUAAAUGCAUAGAAGUUUCUUUUGUUUUCUUCUUUAGUGGCUACUUGGUAACAUCUCCAAGAAUUUUCCGUGCUGGUAGCACUCAAAGGUUGUCUGUUAGCCUUUUCUCAGUCUCAACCCCUUGGGAUGUGAAUGCCACAGUUGUAUAUAACAAUGGAAGAGGAAUUAUUGCAAGCAAUGAAGGGAAGUUCACCAGCCUUUCUGAUGGCUUCUUGAAUCUCAAGGUAAUAAUAAUAAUGAUAAUAAUAAUAAAAAUAAUAACAUAUUUAUUUCAUGAAGUGUUAAGUAGGUAAGCACGACUAAGUCUUGGGAAUAUCUUCUAAAAGAUUCUGUUAAUAUCACAACUGCAACAAGGAUUACCUGGUAAUUGCUUUGUCAGGGAGAACUGCUGAUUUACAGAUACAGUCGAACCUCCAUGUGUGACCACUUCUUGUAAGCGAACACCUCCCAUAAGCAACCACCUAUCAUAAACACCAAACUUUUCCCAGCCAAAGCCCUACUAUAGUUAAAACCUCUAGUAAGUGGCCACUAACUCUUUGCAUUUUGGGUGGUCGCAUAUGGGAGGUUCAACUGUACCUGUAAAUUAUUACCUGACCAAAAAACAGUUGCUUAUCAUCUUAUUCUAAUAAAUAAUUUGUUAUUAACAGAUCCCCAAGGAUUUGAAUGCUGGGAGGGAAAAAAGCAUUGAAGCUAAACUGAUGGUGACUGGCAGACCAGUAGGGGGAAAACAAGCCUUUAGAAAGAACAAAGAAAUCACCAUUGAAAUUCCCAAGAAAGCUCUCUUCAUUCAAACAGAUAAACCCAUAUAUAAACCAGGCCAGACAGGUACAUAACAAUCUGAUCUUUUCUUUGUACAUAUAUGUUGGUUUAAGUGUUUCAAGGACAAAAUCCUAUACUGUUGAGUGCUUGCUCAUGUUUGAACCUUCUAUCACUAAUAAUCUGAUCACAUGUGUUUUGACCUUCUACCUUGUGUAACUUACACAAAGCACAGCAUUCGAGCAAGAGCAUUUUGACCUUCAACCUCUCCCGCACUUUCUAACCUUUGGUUUGCUAGAAGACCGCAAUGAGCUAUGCAUUUUUAAUAGGAACUAGCUGAUUAUUAUUUGAAAAGCACAUCUGGUUAGUAGGUUUAUGUAUGUGCUGAAGUAUGAAGUGUCACAUUUAAUCACAGGUCGUCGUGUAGCAGUAAAUGAUGCCAUGCCAUUAUUACCAAGCUAAGUCAAAAUAGUGCAAAACUCACACUGUCCAAUUUCAUGCUUGACGUUAUGUGUAAAAAAUAUACUGUGAAUGUUUUUUUGUUUGUAGUUAACAUGCGCAUUGUUGGUACAGAUGAAAACUUGAGACCAUUGACAGGAAAGGUAAAAAUCUGCUUCUUGCUUCUCCAAGGGCUAAAUGUAAUGUCAGUGAUAUUUCAGGUGUUCCCUACAAGCUUUCAUGGCUUGGAUUGCUCUGUGCUGUAAAAUUCCUAACUAUGUAUCCAUCAUUCAAACUAUCCAUGUAUGCGCUUACCAACGAACUUAGUUGACAACAACAACGUGGGAGUAAUUCUCCAAAAUGAAGCAGUUCCCACUUAAGUUACAGUCAUCUUUAGGACUGGCAAAGCACUUUGCAUGCAACUUAGGGAGAUGUCAAUCGGGGACAACUAAAGGAAAGCAGGGACCAACUCUAUGUGUCUGUUUCACCAGCUUAAGUGGUCGUCAUCACUGCAGCAUAAUUUAGUCAUUGUGCCCUUUACUUAUGAAUAGCUUCUUAGCAAAUUCCCAUAACAUGACAUACAACCUUUUAACAGUGCUUGUCAAUCCAUAUAAGUAUCCAGUCUCUUUUUACCCACUGAAUACCUGUGUUGAAAAGUCUUCCUUCCAGCACUUUUAACUCUCCAUCACUGUUUGAAUAUAGUAUACUAAUACCUACUGACUUAGUUGAGACCGUCCAAUGUAUAUGUGGCAACCCAUUGCUGUGAUUACCUUUGCUAUUAGUAAUUUAAAUGGUUAAAGACUAAAUGGUUAACCAUUUUCAGCCCCCUUUAUCCACAUAUGAAUUCUCCAUACUGAUCGGCAUACAUUUCUUUAAAGAAUGAUUACUGUUUGAGAGUUUGAUAACAGAUCAAAGGAUUUUCUCUUUAGUGAUCAUUUUAUUAACACGCAUAACCAUUUCUCUCGGCAACCUAUGGAGAAUUGUUAGGAGAAAAUUAUUGUUGGUCAAUAUUGGGACUUAAAGGGUUAAAACAUUCAGUUGACAACCAAGGCAAUGUAGAGGGUGAUUCACAACAGAAUUACUUCCAGGUCACGGCCUUGUUCAAAAGUUGGAUUGUGCUACUUAGUGGAAAAGUAAUAUGAAAACCAAUUGCAUAUCCACUUGAUAGAGAUUUAUCUAGUGGAUAGCGUAAUCCAUCUUUUGAAUAACUGGGGGCCAGAGUUCUAGCAGUUUCUGGAGUCAUUACUAUCUUGUAAUUCACUGUCAGCAUUAUUUAUAACCCUGACCUUUUCUUGUAGAUCUCAAGGGUUAAUAUAACGGUAAGUACAUAUACAAAAUUGUGUUUGUUACCACUAUUACAUGUAUUUUAAAUUGUGCAAGAAGGACAAGAAGAAAGCAUUUCUCCACUAUUAAGGUGAUAUAUACAGGAUCCUUGCUGGUAUCCAUUAAAAGAGAGAGAUUGACCAGUUUUGUCAAUUUCACUGAAAAUAUGAAAAUAUUACUGGUGUAUGUGUCUGUUUGAAAAAAUGGCUUUGGAUUAACGUGGGGCCUGCUUUAAGGGGCCAUGUCACCAAUAUUUAUUUCUUCUCGGAAAUCAACCAACACCCCCUCUAUAGGGCCUAAUCAUUCUCUUGAGGACUUCAGGGUUCUCAAUAGAUUUUUAAGUAGGAGGUGAUCACUGAUAAAGUAGGAGGCUCUUCAGCAAAGCCAGAGGUGUCAAAACAAAGCAAAGAAAAGCGACUUAAACACAAAGUAAGCGGCUAUAAAUCCCAAAGUAAGCGGCGAUCAAUCGCCGGGUGCCGCCUUCUAUUGAGAACCCUGGGACUUAUGAAGUUUUUUCAGAAUGCUCAAAGUGUGUAAAAUUUCGAAUAAGUCCAAAGAGGUAAUUGCCCUUUUGACAUGCUCAGACUGAGUUAUAAUUCCAAAAUUACUAGCUGUAGUUUUGUUACAUCUGGUGUGCCUUAAUAUAAUGCCACCUUUAAGGCAAACACUUCUAAGUUUCUUGCUGAUAUAAUUUUUCACUUAUCAAACGUUUUAAUAGUUAUCUCAACAUUUUUGUUUUACAUUUGAUUUUAGAACCCGAUUCGUGUGAGCAAUAUGCAGUGGGAUAACCUUGAUUUUAAUUUUGGUAAGCAAAACCAAUUUUAAGGAUAUAGUAUUCAUACAAAAGUCAUGUACAUGUACAUGUGUAAGCUUUGUUGAACAAUAAUAUUACAGGAGACAUAAGAUUGUGAGGCAUGCAGAGGGUGGCCAGGACACGUGCAAAGGAGAAAAUAGUGAUUGUCAUACUAGAAACCUAAAAUUUUGUGAUACUUGCUGAGGGUAUCUAGGGUUCUGACACAUCACAGUGCCCCAAAGUACAGCAGUGACAGAUGUACAGGAAGUCUAAGGUAGCAAAGAGUAACCAGAGAAGUGACACUUACAUAGGAGCCCAAUGUGGUGAUGCAUUCUGGGAUACCCAAAGUAGAGUACCAAGGAUGCCAAAGUAGUAACAAAUACACAGGCCGGGGCCCAGUGAAGCUUGUCUUAUGAUCUUGUCUGGUUCUAAAAAUUGCCAAAUAUCAUGCACAGUUUUGUCCUUUAUUUCUCAUGAAUUGAGGUUCUACCUUUAGCCUUGUUUUAUGUGCACAUGGUACACAUUGCAUAGUUUUUUUUGUUUAAAAAACUAAAGACACCCUUAUUUUCUUUUAUAAUAUAGGAAUAAUAAGCCUGAAAUUUCCUUUGUCAAGCCAGCCUGUAUUGGGAGACUGGAAAAUUGAAGCCUUACUCCAGGUAUGUUUACAUUUAUGUGUUUGAAAUCCAUGCUUUGAGUGAAGGAAAUUAAUAGCAGUAACUUUAAAAUGUGGUUAAUUGACUCUCGUCAACAACAGGCUAUAGAGGACAUCACUGUUUUACAAGCAUUGGUUUUGUUAUUUAAAUUUGUAAUGAAUGAAACAAAAGAAUCUUUUGCUCCAAGAACCAGUGCACUUCUGGUUGGCAUUUUAAUAUCCAUAGGUGAUGUCCACAUGAGUAUUGCUCUAAAUGUUUUAGCUAAGGGGUCACAUUUUGCUACCCUGUGAGCAGAGGCCCUUCGAUCUUCCUAGAUUAAGAUAAGGCGGGAAUUAAGAGGAAGACUUAUCUAGGAAGAUUGAAGGGCCUCUGGUCACAGGGUACUUGCAACAUAGUGCAGUCUCACAGUCUUUUUCCUUGUUGUAGUUUGUAUUUUCUACUGAAAGUUUGGGAGUGUUAUAACUCCAUUUAUACAGACUAUGAAUCAUAGUUACCACGUGCACUGAGUGAAAAGUUCCUCUCUCAGCAGAUCACUCACUCUAGUUAAAUUUAUAGGCAUUUGGAAUCUGUCAAUGAGUUACAAAAUUUUAGCACAAUUUAAAACCUGCUUAAUUUAAAAUGUUGUUCAUAUUGCAGGAUGAAAAGAAGACAUUAGUUUUCAAGGUUGAUAAAUAUGGUAAGUUCUCAAUCACAGUAUAAUACUACCUUAAGUUUUAUUUUCCUGGACACAACAUAGGCAAGGCCGUAAAUCAUGGAAAAUUGAGAAACUUAUUGGGCACGGUAAGACACAUGUACUGCCGUCAAACCCACAUAUGACUAUUUCUCAGAUCCCAACUUUUCUGCAGAUAUCAAUGAACUGUUAACAGGGCUUGUUGUUGUUGUAGGUGGGGGGGGUUUGCUUGGGCCAUUGCUUGCAUGUUUUUUGAGUUUAUGGAUAAGUUACUAGAUGACUUGCAUGGACCCUUGCCUGCUGGGCAAGGGUGCUUUAAAACUCAUUAAGGUACUUGCUUAGCAAGAAAGGCUAUGAAAGGCCUUGCAUGCUGCCUAACAGGUGCCUUAACAAUUUGUCCGCAGGUGACCAGAAUUUCAGACAAGGAGCCUGCACGGGCGCCUAAAGACUUUUAAUUCUUAUGUCAACUUCCCAGUCAACUAAUGACAAAAUUCCCUGCUCAUUCUGCAUUUUGAAACGAAAAUGAAAACUUUUGGUCAUCGGCCAUAGGCUGUUGUAGGGCAUAACUAUGCUCUUGCCUUUCCUUGGCUAGGGGAACAAAAUUUCACUGUGUAUAAGCCAGAUACUUUUCAUAGACCUGACUUUGGUCACCAUGGUAAUAAUGCUGGUAAUCCCAAGCAGGUUGUAGCCCUAUUUGCUGUUGGUGUUUCACUGUGUAACAAUGAACAUGUAUGUUUUUGUUAUGCAGUGUUGCCCAAGUUUGAGGUCACCAUAACACCUCCAUCCUUUGUGGCAUAUACAGAUAGAAGUAACAUUACAGCAACUGUUUGUGCACGGUAGGUUUAUUUUAAUCCUCAUAGAAAUAAGUAUGUCAAAAGUAUACUUUUUGCAUACUGCAAGCAUACUAAUUCUGUACUAACCCACAUGGCUGUACAUUUACAGUAUACUGUUAACCUACUGCACACUAACAAGUGUUACCAUGAUUCUAUACUUGAAAUGUACUUCCACAAAUUGACCCCACAAAAGUACAAUUCCCGUAUACUAUUAUUGUGCUACAGUCGACUACAUACUUAAAUUACGUUACGUGAGUACAAGAAUAAGUCUAUACUGGAAAUGUACGGGAUCAAAUCAGUCCGAAAUUCCAUUAUACUGCUUUUGUACUGUAUGAUUAUUACAGCACAAGAAUAAUAAUAUUAUAUACAAGGAAGAGUUUCACCUAUAGUGCCAUUCUCAUAUAAUAUGGAAAUGUCUUUAUUGCAACCUUUGGAAGAUCCUGUGUUGUUGAUUAAGUAACAAGAAUAUCAUACAAAUACAACAGCUGUCAACAACAAUGGAGCUAUGUGGUUUGAAGGAAUAAAAAAGAUUACUGAAGGGCACUAUAAUCUUUUCCUUUAUUUGAUUUCUUCUAAAAGAUGGAUAAUGUGGUACAAUCUUUGACAAUGAAGGCUUCUGAUACUGCAUCAUUAGUGAACUAUUAAGUUCUGACAAUUAUUAUUUUGCUUUCAUUAUCUGCAACGGGGCCCACUGGGCCACUUUCAUGCAAAUCUCACUUGAAUUCCCAUGAAGCUAACAAUAACAGUUUAAAUGAAAGAUUAAAUUGGUGCUAUGAACUUUUGGAUGGGUGCAUUUUAGAACUUUGCUCAUUUUCAUUUUUAGGAUAAUCGUUCCAUUAUACACUUGGGAACGGAGCACAAUUAUAAUUACAAUACAAAUCAUGUACACUUAAUUAAUUACUGUAAGAACAUCAUCAUACAAAUAGGAAUUAAUGAGCCAGUAAUUAAAGAUCUUCACACAGGAUAUUACAGGUAAAAGAUCUUUAAAAAAUAAAUAAACAAAUUAAUAAAUAAUUACUUAUUCCUUUGAUUAAAAGGUUAAUUUAACCAACGUAGUCCGUGUUUUUACCCAGUCCUCAAUCCGUGGUCCGCAGUCCACGUGUUGUACUGACCGUAUAUGUAGUGGCAUCCACUCAAGGCUCUUUUGUUUGUUUAGAUUGUAUAUUCUUUGACCCGUAAAAGCAAAUCUGAAGAUAAGAAGACCUGUAAAAAAUACAGAUUGGAAAGCUUUGACCGGCCGCCUGUCAUUAAAGACACUGUACUUUAAACAGUGCAAUCACGACAAGCUAUUAAACUUGGAUCCAUUCGUGCAUGCAUUGAAGCUUAAAUCAAAAAGAGCAAGAAAAAUUGUGAAGUGUAAUUAAAACGACCAAAAAUACAGCCGUAUGUACUCACCUUAACGUUCCUUUUUUUCUUCCAUUCGGCAUUGAUAUUCGAUCUUCACUUGCGAACUCAAGGCGAUGACGAAGCUCAAGCAGUUUCCUUUUACUCUGACCUCAGUUCAGAACUCAUGCUCGUCCCUCACAUAUUGUUCAUUAACUUAACCGGUUAAAAAAAAUCAGCAUGUGUACAUAAGAUGUGAAAGAGUAGAUCGAUCUCCAAGAUGGCCGCACUCGGACGGGACGAUGAAAGACUGGAUCCUAGCACCCGUGUUUUCACGGUUUUGGCGCGAAUUUCUGAACGCGGCUGCCAAACUCUCUUCAUUCGUUCAAUCACAACAAAGAUAGAGAUGACGUGUAAAGCUGAACAGAGCAGAAGAACAAGACUUUUAUUUUUCCCUACAUCGAUGAAGAUUUCAUUUUAAUAAUCAGAGACUAACGGCUGAAAAAGUAAGUGUUGUCCUUUACGUACCUUUCGAUAAAUGGGUUCUCUUUAUACUUUUUCACUCUUUUGUAGAAAGAUGUCAAUGCUUGUGAGGUUUUACAGUUUCUUCUCCCGAUCUGCUUCUUCUUCUUCUUUUUCUUUUUUUUUUUUACUAAACAGUCCGUGCAUUCAUUUGAAGUUGAGCUAUUAAGAUGAAUUGUUUUAAACAACAACAAAGCAGCAAAGUUCUUGUAAUGAACACUUUCAGUCUAAGUCCAUAAUACAGGAUUGAAAGAAAAUUCCUUUUUUGUAUUUACUGUCCUACAUGUUGUUUAGUGUUUUCAUAGCUCGAUCUCGGAACGAGUAUUAAAAGCAUAAUAUUGAAUAAUCACAAAAUUUGGACUAAAAUAAUCUUGGAUUAAAAUUUAAGCAAAAUUAAUUUUCGAGGAACUGAGCGCAGAAUUUUAACACUUUUGGAACAGCUAUAUAGGCUGUUGAGACUCUGUUGAUGGAGUACUUGUGACCCAACCAAUAUGCGUUUUUCCACCUCAUGUAAUGGAAUCCAAGAGGGUCUUGGAUUCUCGAUUCCACGCGGUAGAUUUUGGAUUCCGGGUACUGGAUUCCAGCCUUUGUCAGUGGAAACUUGGAUUCUGGAUUCUGGAUUCCAAUCGUUAGUGGGAUUCCGGAUUCCUUGAGCUGUAUUUUUGGGAUUCUAAGGCCAAGGAUUCCGGAUUCCACAAGCAAAAUGUUCCCGGAUUCCGGAUUCAACAAGCAAAAAGACUCCCUUACAUGGGGUGAAUUUUUAAUAAUCCAGUGAUUUAAUAAAGUAAUUCAUUGUUUUGGAUGCAUGCACUCAUAAUGAUAUUAAAUCUUAAUCCUUGAACACCUUUCCAUCUAACAGUAACAGUACAGUAUUUGUUACAGUUGAGGACUUUUCUUUUCCUUUUUAGACUGUAACAAGCACCGCUGAUGUGUUCUUUAUUUCAGAUUUUGAUUUCAAAUUUUUGCGAAACUAUAAUCAGCUACUUUUUUUCUGUCGCCUACCUGACUAUGAAAACUACUUAGCUCAUGAAGUUAAAUACUUUCUUUAUGAACAGUUAUAAAGACUUCUGUAAAAAUGCCUGUGCCUUGAUGGCCAAGCUGAAUCAAGGACUCAGUAUAUAGAAAUAUAAUAUAUUAUAGUAUUCAAGCAAUGCCAGUUGAUCUGACAAAACAUUUGUAGUUAUUUGAAGUCGCUGACUACUGAUGUGAGUAUCUCUAAAUCUUUUAAGUUAAGAAGAUCAUCAUCAAUCAGGAUGCAAUUUAUUUUGUCUAGUUUCAUGUGAGAGCUGAAGGUGUUAAUUGUUUCAUUUAAUCAUUCCUUUCAACUGAAAAUUCCCUUACUGAUUAUUUUUAAAAUUGCAUAUGUGGCUAUAGAGUCUUGAACAAAACAUGUUUUGUACUUUCUUACCCACAGGACAGUAUAGUGCUCUUUAAGUUAAUGCUAAAAGUUUAAGUAAUUAAGGUUUGCACUACUUGUUAACCUGCAAACAGGAUUUUUGUACAGUCUCCACAACAGCUAUUUUGUGAUGUUUUAUAUCUUUUUUAGAUAAGUCUCAGCUAUAUUGUUACCUACUAAUUAUUGUAAAUGUACAGUUUUGAUCUAGAUCAUCCCCAUAUAUUUUUAAAUAAAUUUUUCAAUGUCUUGUUGACUGUUGUUAGACUUUCACUAUUGUAAGUAUACACAAAGUAUACUUUUAGUAUAAUAGGUAUGUAUAUACUUUGAGUACAGUCUGAUAGGUGCAAGAAAAGCAGUGUGCUGAAAGUAUACUUCUCAAACUCAUUAAUAAUUCAUAAAGAAAAUUCAAAGGAAAUUAAUGUUUAAUGAUCAGUGUUUGGAUAUCAGAUGAAAAACUGCUCAUUUUUGCAUCCUUAAUUUCUCCUUCAAAAACGAUUUUGUUUUAGAAGAAAUAUCAAAAAUUCGACACAGUGUUUCAUCACCAGAUGAAACACCUCGAAGUUCGUCAAAAAUACUCUGCUGCGUGUCGUAUUUUCAACUCUCUUCUCGGUGUUUCAUCUGCUGAUGAAACAGUGCAUCUCAUGUUUGAUAAAUUACUUAAAGUAUACUUUUCCCUAGUACAUUCCUGAGUCCAAAAUUCAUGCUCCUUUUUGUAUACUUUUAGUACAAAAAAGUAUUAUCUGUGAAGAUGUUAUAAUGUACUUUAAGUAUACUAUAACUAUACUUAAAGUAUACUUAGAGUAUACUUUUUUCACCCAACAGCAGUAUACUUUUAGUACACUAUGUUGCGUACUAAAAGUAUAUUUAUUUUCUAUGAGGUUAGUAAGGUUGUUAUACACAUGUAAUGUGAAAUAAAGUAAUUUUUUUUUCCUUCUGCAGAAAAAUUUCAUAUCUAGUGUACCUUAAAUUCUAUGCAAAAGUAAUAAGCUAUGAGAGCUCACAUCUCAAACUUUAAUACGAUACACUAUACACUUAGCGGUUAAGUCCUCGGAGUGAAUCACAUACAAGCAAGAAAAAAAAAUUGCCACUAAACAGCAGAAAAAUAAGAUGGAAAUUGCUUUAUUCCUAUUAUUAAAUAACAGACUGAGAUUUAUUCUUUUUCCAAGGUUGAACUAAAAUUUGUUUUUUUUAUGGAUUCCUAUUAAUAAAAAAUUAUAAUUAUUCUUGAUCAAUAAAAUGAAUAUUUUUUGAAAAUUUUUAUGACUCUUACACACCGGUGCGUGGUGCACAGUGCCAUUUAUUAAAUUAGAGAACAAAAUUUAGCGAUGUCAAUAAUAAAUCAUGAAGGUUAAAAAUGUACCUCUCUGGACAUCACAUCAAACUUAUGUGCUAUUGCCAAAGUACCUGCCAUCUCAUACCUGCUCCCAUUCCUUGUUUUUUUUUUUUAGUAAUAACCAUGAAUGAUGCCCCAAGCUCAAAGUUGCCUUUUGGCAACCUAAAGUAUUAUUAUAAAAUGGUCACCGGGUGUAUUAAAAUAAUAUUGGCCACCAGAACAAUUAUUUAAUAAUAAAGUCAAACCUCUCUACAAUGGCCACCUUUGGGGACAGAAGAAUGUGGCUGUGGUGGAGAGGUGACCGUUAUGGGAAGGUAGGGGUGUAAUAUGACAAAAAUUUUUUUGGGGGAGUACAACAUGUUUAUUGUGCUAAGUUCAUGCUUACUGUAUAUCAUAAUGUCAAUCCAAUCAAAAAUAAUAUACAGAGAGAUUAAAUACUCAACUUGAAUAAUGUUUUGAAUGAAAAUGUUAAUGUUACAAAAUGAACAAGUAUCGUAGACAAUUUAUGCUUACUGCAGCAGUAUAAAUUAAAAUACGAUUCUAUGAUUAGUCAUCAACAUGCCUCAUGGAUCAAUUUUUGUGACCAUUCCUGACUUUUUCAUCAGUCACUGAAAAACUGGCCGUUGUUGAGAGGUUAUUUUGCCAGUUGAUGACGUGCUUUAUUAGUGGCCAUUUUAAUUGCCGUUGCAGAGUAGUUGAAGAAAGAGUCAAUGUAUGGACUGUUUGCCGGGACAAAAAAGUUGUCAUUGUACAGAGGUUUCCAUUAGUUUGACUGUACAAUACUACAUAAAGGUUCAAAGAAUCAAAAUGGCUGCCAAAUUCUUGGUAAUGCACACAACAUUCCAAGGCUUUAAGUUAAUACCCGGACACCAGGGUGAAAGACGCAAAUCAUAAAAUGGAGCAUAGAUAAUAUUUCACGGGGAAUGAAAACAUUUAAUGGUGACUAUAGCUAUUGUCAGCUGGGUCUUUACAGCUCAAAUAAACCUUUGGCGAUGCCCUGAUUGUAUUUCCUCAGCGGCCUAUUUCCAAUUAUUUGACAAGCACCCCGCAGCUUUCACAUGGCAGAAAGAUUAAGAGUCACGUUUACGCCAAACGGCAAAUGUCAGAUUUAAGUUGAGGAUUUCUCAGAAUAGAAACUAUGCAGAUAAAAACAGCUCACAACAAUUCUAAUGGAUAAAACUGGCGUGAAUCUACUUAUUAUUUUGAGUAGAAGUAAUAAACAUUUAAAGACAAUUAACUUGGUACAAAUUCACUUUUUAAGGUUUGGCAUAAACGAGAUUCUCAAUCUCUCUAUUAACUCCCCCACCGCAAAUUUGCUGUAUGUGAACCAAAAAACCAACUCGUAACCAGCUGUUUUAUACCACAGAUACACCUAUGGACAGCCUGUGAAAGGGAAGGUCAAAGUACUGUUUAGGCUCAAGUUGUCAUAUUUGCACAGACACAGGGAAACACAAACCACAAAGGAAAAGGAAGUGAGUGUCAUAUCAUUUAGUGUAGUAGAAAUAUUAAGGUUCCUAAUACUUUUCACAAGUAUGGGACCAUAGAAAAGCUACAAUCGGUUACAAAAUUGUUUAGGGUAACUAUAUAGAGAGAACAAAAGAGUCCACACCUCUUCCCCUACCUUCUAUUCAAAGUUGGGGUGUUUGUUGUUUUCUAUUGGUAGCUGACAACAUUUCAUGGAGGGGAUGAGGGAGGAAAAGCUUUAAAAUGUCAGAAAGCCCCUUUAGGGCAAAGUGUUUCAACUAAUUUUAUCGCUGAUUGUAGACCCCAUUAGGGUGAAAUCUGGUGAGCAAUACGGCCUUGAAACGGCAACAAAAGGCAAAUGAAAUGGUGACAAAUGACAAAGAUGGGUUGAAACUGUGACAGCCAUUAAGACAAGCACAAAAGCAAUCGUAAAAUGUUGACAGGGACAUGGCUUUCCUCUCAAAAAGUGAAACAAAGGGGUUUGAAAUUUAGGCCCUCUCCACAAUUCGAUGCAUUUAGGCCUUUUUUCAACACUAAACAAUACGCUGAGUGUUAUCAUCAAAAAUGUAUUGAUUUGAAAACACUCUUGAUAGUGGAUCAAAAUGAAAAUGCGCACAUAUCUUAUUGGUGUGGACGGUCGAAAACGCAUCAAAAUGAAAAUGAUGACCAAAAAUAUCGCAGGUGCAUGUGUUGGUAGCAUGGGCAAAGAGUUUAACUUACGUCACAACAUGCAAUUCUAUUGUUUGAAAUGUUUUAGUGUGCAUGGAUAGUGGAAAACUUGUCAAAAGGGUAGUGUUGACAUGAAACGAUCAAUGUGUUUUCAAUGACAACAUAACUUUUGAAAAGGCAUUAGUGUGGUCAGGGGGCCACUUUAGACCAGGGACAUGUGUAGCCACUUCAAGAGGGCCCAGAAAACACGUGAGUCAUGAGAUGAGAGGUAAAGAAGAAACUCUUAGUAAAGUUAAGGAGGCUCAACAGGAUGCCUAAGUUUGGGCAUAUUCUGAUCUAUUCAACUAUGGUCAUAUUUCUUGGCUUUACAUGGUAGCUAGGUUUUUUAGGAAAUUUGCAACUUUAGGUUAUGCUCACAAAUAACAAAAAUCCUCACUUGUGGGGUCGCAUUGCAGACUUUUGACUUCCCCUAACCCUUUGGCUUUGCUUGUGUCUAGCCGUCUUAUUCCUUUGCCUUUAUGAGGGGGGCGUAGGGGUUUGCGGUAUUGCGGUUUUCAGAGUCCAAGCGGUGUGCGGUGAGUUUAAAUUUUAUGUCGCGGUGAUCUGCUUCUUUUUCAUCACAAGAGGAUACAAAUCCUAAAAGGUCUCCCUAGUUAGCCUGCGUGACCUGCGUGUCUUCCUAUAGUUGCACAGUGGGAGAUCGUAUAUUGCGCAAACAGUCCAGACAAAUCGUAUGGCUUGUAAUUUCAGUUAAUACUUGAUAUGAUUAACGACAUUAACUUUCUUAUCCAAUGACACGUAAAUAUGUCGCAUUAUUUGUAACGUAAUGGACCUUGUGGGAAUAGUCAGCUUGGUCAACCACCUUACCAAUCUUACCGCCACUUUCGUGCCAGUCGCGAAACAAUGGCGAGCGAUCCAGAGGGUCAACUAAGUGAUCAGUCAGAUAUUCCAGGAAAUAGUGAGGUCAGUGAGGUCGUUAUAAAUUGCGUAGUGUCGAAAGAUAAUCUAUGAAGAUGGUGUGGUCUAAAAAUUACUACUCGUCCUUCUCGUUGUGCAUGCAGGAAUAUAAAAUGUACAAGUAUUCGUGUGUGCUUAGCGAGUUACUUGCUUAUAAGAGGCUCAUGGGAAUGUGCCGCUGGAUGGGGUCGCAUUUUCACGAGUGGAUUGACUAUAAUGGGGUCGCAUUUUCGAGAGAGUUACUAGAAUGGGGUCGCGCAUUUUCUGAUUUUUAGGGGUAAGACAGUUCUUCAUAUUUACGGUUAGCAAACGUACCAGAAUUGAAUGUUCAGUACUGUAGAUGAAACGUAAAUUGUUCAGUUCCUUCAAUCUAAAAAAUGGUCAAUUCAUAAAAAUUGAAAGUGACUAAGCUGGGACCGCGAGAAUUAAAUAUUUGUCCAAAAGUGACUAAGAUGGGUUCCAUAAUUGGCCACAGAAUAGACUAUAAUGGGGUAGGGGCUCUGAGAGGCCAGCGGCACAUACCCAGCAAAAAGUGACCCAAGUACCCCCGUUGUAUCAUUUACGUAAACGUAUACAUGUUAUGAACAAAAUUAAACGAGUGCGAUGAUCUUAUGUUUAUCGCACGCUUGACUUUGACGCACCUUGAUUUGGAAACACUGACAUAAAAGUAAUAUUUCUAUUUGAAAGGAAGAAUUGUAGUAUUGACAACGUCAAAUUUUUCCCAUUUGUAACUGCGGAUUCGGUAUUUGGCUAAAUUUUGAUGCGGUAUUGCGGUAUUUUCGCGCUACCAUGUGCGGUAUUGCGGUAUUCGUACACCACUUACGCCCCCCUCCUUUAUCUUGUCCAAUCCAACCCAUGCAGCAUUGGGGAGACUAGAGACUUGCCCAACUACCACUAGUAGUUGGGUAAUGAGUAAAGAUUUGUGUUAUUUGAGAACAUAACCCAAGGUUGCAGAUUAUUAACCUGCAAAAACAUCCGUUUCUUCUCGCUCUUCACUUCAGGGGACGUUUAGUGAGGAGGAACGUCUGCGAUCCAGCAGUAGAAAUUCAAUACUGAUGACGCAAAUCAAUGUUCCUCCGCGCAAAAUGUCCCCAUGGCCAGUGGCGAAGAGCGAGGAGAAAUGGAUGUUUUCGCGGGCUAGCAAAUUACCUGCCAUUGGGCUGUGUCCCCCCUUAUUAUGUUUGUUUGUUUUGAUUGUGUGCCUUAUUUUUCGGGGUGACUUUUCAUGGGGAUCUUAAAAGUGGAAUAGGGACAAAUCUCAUGUUGCUUUGGCACCACUUUUCUUCUUACUGAGGAAGUUGGAAGAACUCUACAAAUUCCUUAGAGUUGGAUUUGUGUUUUUCUUACGUUUAAAUGUUGGUUUCCCAGUUUUUUUUUCAUUGUUUUACAGUUAGGCAAUAAAUAGGCCAGCUGGAACAUGCCCCUUGUCUAGGAUUGUUUAAGACAGAACCCAUCAGGAAUUUAGCGAGUAAUUUUAACUUCAAGUGGUUGUACCAGAAUAAUUUAAACCAUAUCAAAUUCUUUUUCACAUUUUACAAGGGCUGUAGAAUAAUGUAAUUAAUUAUCUGUAAUAUAACACCGAAGGCAAUUUCUUAUGGGAGCUUGAGAAAACGAAUUUCAAAUUUCAUAGAAAUUGUGUAAACGCAGGUAAAAUUUCAUGCGUAAGAUCUCAUUUUGGCCCACUUUGUGAAAUUUGAAAUUAUUUUUCAGGUUCCCAUAAGAAAUUUUCUUUGGUGUUAUUACAUAUAACCGAUUUCAUCUUUGCUGUAAAGUGUUCUGGUACAAGGUUUUUGUCCACUGAAAAUUAAAAUUACAGAAUUUGCUGCUAGCUUCUAGCCUCCCCGCAGACGUCCUUUGGGGUUCGUUCGUCACGCAUUCUUUUCUGGGGAGAAAUGAAUGUACGACGAACGAACCCCAAAGGACGUCUGCGGGGAGGCUAGAUGGCUUCCGUCUUAAUAUGUAUUAAUUUCUUUGUUUUAGAUUUAUGGCUGCACUGAAGUCUCAAUCAGUCCAGGAGGACUAUUUCGUAUUGGAAAAGGAAAUGACUACCCUGACUAUUUGUCUGGUGCUAAAGUUGUCAUAAAUGCCACUGUGACAGAGACAGCAACUGGAGUAACCCUAAAUGCUACAGAAACAGAAACACAGUUUGUCAGAGAAACUAAAAAAGUGGAGUUCCUUUCUACCACCCCCACGAGUUUCAAACCAGGCAUGGCAUUUACUGGGCAGGUAAAGAAUGUUCACUUUUUGUGAGUUAUCUGACAAAGAGUUGCAAGGCCUCUACACUACAAUGCCUCCUUUCUAAAACAGGGUUCGCACAGUCUUGAAAAGUCUUGAAUUUUAGGGGAAGUCCUUGAAAAGUCCUUGAAUGCCAUUUUUCCUUGAAAAGUCCUUAAAUUUCUAUGCAAGUCCUUGAAAAGUCCUUGAAUUUUCUUCAACUUUGAAUGUAUUGGCCUGGAAAGUGUUUUUUUGAUGCUUUUGGGAAGGAAAACAGCCUGAGGUAGAAGGUGACAAUCGAUUGUGUACCAGUAAUGCUCCCCCCUUCGCGUGUUUGUUUUGAAAUAAUGCGAUGUUUCUGCUAGAGAUUAUGCUAAUUUAUGACCCGGUUUAUGACAAACCUCUAUUGAGUGGCCGGCCAACCUCCAUCAAGUGGCCACUUGCCGGCACCCCGACGGUCCCUGCUUAAUGGAGGUUCAACUGUAUUUACAACGAAUUUUAUGGUAUAAUUAAGUAGUAGAUGUUAUUAAUUAAUUAGUUAUUAAUCGUGCUCGUCAAAAAUUUCUUUGGGCUACUCUAACUGACUUUCGGGCUAGCACAUGCUAACUACAGCUUGCUCUUCACUGAUUUUCUUGGCAUCAUGAUGUUUACCUCAUGUAGUUGAAAGCCACUCUGAUUGAUGGAAGCCCACUCAAAGGGAAGUCAAUUGAACUCAUUGUUAAAAUUCCUAUUGAGAGACCAUGUUGGGUCUCGAGCUAUUCAGAACAAGAAGUGUUCCGAAAGAAAUAUGCUGUUCCAGAAAAUGGAGUCAUCAGUUUUGUGGUUCCUGGUAAUCAAAUUUCACAGAAGGCAAGAUCCCUGACGCUGGAGGUAUGCUUUUCAAUUUUAGCUAUUUGUUAUUAUUAAUUAAAAAGAAAUAAAGUCGAACACCAAUGCAAUGAUCAGCAUUGAGAUAACAUUACCUUUUGUUGUUCUUUUGUAAGAGAUGUAGGGUUUGCAUAAUAAAUUAUUAUCCCCUUUAAGUCCCUAAAGUGACUAACAUCAAUUUUAUCCAGUACAUGAUCAAAAGAUUAGACUGUAAAGAAAAAAAUUGAAAAAAAAUGUUAUUUUGAUGUGCUUAUUCCUCGUUAUCAAUUUUUAUUGGUAGGCAAAUUACAAUGGUAAACGUACAAGUAGCUAUAAAGUAGGGCAGCGUUGGCUUUCUCCAAGUGACAGUUAUAUUGAAAUGGAAAAGAUCACCGCUCCAUUGAAAGUGAGUAAACUUUUGCAAUAAAUCGUGAACUUACUUGUUGUUAUUUUGUGCUGGACCUGUGCUACUUACCAUUAACAUUGCUAAAACCGUUAAUUCCGUUUGGAAAAUCAAAUGGUUCGCGUCUUUCCUUUUGAGUAGGUUCAGAAAAUUUGGGCUGUGAUCCCGGGGGUACUGUUCAAAGUCUAUGGGGGAGGGGGAGUCCCUUUUGUAUGCCGUUUUUGACAGGAAAGGUACCCUUUUCGUAUACCAUCUCCUGACAAAAUAUGGUAGCCCUUUCACAUAACUUACUGAGAACUUUGCAUCCUUAACUGCUGAAAAUACAGUCUUAAAAUUGUAAAUAAUUCUCUAAAAUGGGAGAUUUUUGCGACUUUUUCAAAGCAACAAAAUCCUUCUGUUUGCCUUUUUAGGUCACUUUUACAGACCGAAACGACAGAUUUCCCUACCCUUUUUUAUACUUCAACAAGUUAAAUCCCAACCCUUUCAUAUACCUGAAGUCUGAAAUAGGUACCCCUUUCGGGCAGAGCCUCCCCGUCUAGGUGAUGCAAUUUUCUACAAUCUUUAGUAGAUCGGGAUAUACAUUGUAGUGGGUCGAUCUCCCACGGUGCACCACGUCAAAUUUUACAGGGUUUUUUGUUUAUGCACUAGAUCUCCAGCCGGGUGGUUUGUGUAAUUAAUGGUAACCCCUGCAUUCUAUGCAUACUACUAGGGACUUCACGAUCCGACGACGCGAUGGCAACGACAACGUCAAAACAAACAAACAAACAAACAAACAAUAGGUCAAGAAGGCAUAACAACAACUUUGCAAGUGCAUCACACUUUUUUGUACAUUUCUUUGCCUUUUUUACACGACUACGAUGUGAAAUUUCCUAACUGGACGUUUCAUGGAGGACGUAAACAAGCGACGACGAAAUUUUAUUUUACUCUCACUUAACUUGGAUAGGAAUCCUAGGAAUUCACCUCCAGGAGGGUUCGCCUACUUUUGAUAAAGUAAAUGGGUAGGAAUAAUCACGAUAAAGACUGUAAGAACGUAAAUUCACUUUUUAUCACGUCUUCGGAUCGUAAAGUCCCGACUACGAGGCAUAGGACACCGUAUAUAAUUCCUAUGUUUUGGAGCGGACUCCUUUCAUUCACUCCAGCUCUUAACCCUUUAAUCCCUAAAAGUGAUCAGCAUCAAAUUUCGCCUGGUACUAUCAAUGCUUUGUAAAACAGAGUGGUCUUGAGAAUUACGGACAUGAUCACACAAGAUGAAUUCACUUGAUAUUUUAUCAACUUCUCCCCACUACUUCUGUAGGAAAUGAAUAUGGGCAACAAAUGAGAAUUCAAAUUUUGAUCUUAGGGUUUAAAGGGUUAAGGGGACCAGGCCGCUCGGUGUACUUUCAGUGGUCAGUUUGCUCGUUUUAAUCACACGUUCACAAAAAUUGAGUCAAACUCAAAGAAGAGUAGACCACUGUUUGUCGAGUUGAACGAUUCUUUGCGUCAGUUUGCGGAAACUGAUUUUUGCGUGCAGGGAAGAGAAUUAUUAUAUUUUUGCUAGGAGUUAAUUUUUGCGAUUUUCGGAAAGUCGCGUUCUAGUGGAUUCCAAUAACAUUUUAACGAUUUAAAUUCAACAGGCACUAUUUUUAUUAGUUUUGUGUAGCGAAGUUUUUGUACAGCAUACCGGUAUCUACAGUGGAGUAAAUUUUUCAGUUGCGGAAAACUUUUUUUUUGGCGGAUCGCCUGAAAAAACGCAAAAAUUUAGCACCACACGGUAUUCUGUAUUUCUUUUGUGCUCUAUAGUUUGAAGUAUUUAUCUGGAUAUUUCAGUCAAUACUCUGAUUGUGUGGUUAUCGUGAAGAGUAUUUGUCACCCUAACUUUUAAAUCUUUGGACGAAACUCUGUGGUGUGGUGUUACCAUUCAAAUGUAAACUCUUUGACAGAAUUUUAGUGUAGUUGUACUUUUUUCUGAGAAUUCUAUAUAAGGCGAAAUUUGUUUUUUAAGGGUGAAAGGGUGAAUCCCAAACUCGUUAAUAGCAACAGUUCAUUAUUUGUUGUCAAACUUUCAUAUUCAACAGGUUGGAUCCAGUGCUAAGAUUAUGUUUGAUUUCACUACUAGCAAUGAUACUAGAAAUAUCAACUUCCAUUUGCAAGUGAGUAUAAAAUCAUUUUUAUUUUAGUUUAAUCCUUUUUUUUUCAUGACUGCCUUUUCCAACUCCCUGUUUUACUCCUUAGGGUCAAAUUGAAAUUUAGAUUUUGAUUGCAACUGUAUGAUAUUUUUUUACAGGCGGCAAACAGUUCUUAGUUAUGGCAAUUGACAGAGAAAUGGCUUGCCUACAUAGCAAGCGCUUCCAGUCGAGUUACAGUUGAGUUUUUUAGCUCUCGUAACAACUUUCUUGGCGAACUCGCGCGGAAACGCUCGCUACGCUGGUUAGGAAAUGGCAUGAUUGUUUUGAAGCGUUCUAAGUUACAUGGAUGUAUUCUCUCUUUGUCAUUGAAAGGUGUUUAGUCGUGGAAAGCUUGUGGCCCGGGUACGUAAACUACAUCCCGUUGAUCAUCAGCCUGGCAUGAAAACAUUCAAUAAUUCCAAGAACGAAGACAUGUUCACCAGCCAGGGCUUCAUUGAGUUUAAUGUAACCCAGAAGAUGGUGCCAAAAUGCCGCCUCUUACUGUUCUAUGUGAGGGAUGACCAAAAAAAGGAGACUGUGGCUGAUAACUUAGUGAUUGAUGUCGAGGACACUUUGGAAAACAAGGUAGAUCAUCAGUGUUCACUCUAGAGCACAUUUUUGUGUACUCUUAAGGCAUUGUUACACGAGACGA